AUGUUGUAAUUACUAAAUAAUUAUUUUUUCAUAGUUAAUACUCGUAUAUUGCCAAAAUGAAGACGAAGAGUUUGGUAGAACAGAAGCUGGGGAAGAAGAGUGGCACAUGGAUUUUAUGCCGACAGGUUAUCUUCCGGACAGCGUUUAUAGAGAAUUGGCGUGGUAUGCAAUUCUACAAAUUCAACCACUUCAUCAUAGUUCAAAGCAUAAAGUAGCGGCACAACUUAUUUGGCAGCAUACUCUUGGUCGUCCCCAUGUUAUUAUGGAGAGUCCACCUCAAUCUACACAAUCUGAAGGUAAAGUGAGCCGACAAAUCUUGGCUGAAGAAGCAGCUAAAUGGUCGCGUGAACAGAGAGCCGCACAAGAAGUACUAAUGGAAAACAUAAAAACUGGCGGAAACGGUCUCACUGUGCGGACUGUUAUCAGUGCCCAUAAGAAAACUAUUUACAUCAUACAGAACAGUAAUUUCUAUAAGUGCCCAGAGGGUUCAGAGCCUGACCUAGACGCAUACCGGCUGCAAGCAAAUAUGCACGAACGUAAAUGCACAUUCGGAAAACCUUCAAUACCUGUACCAGUAGAUCCUUGCAUAGAAGCUGAAAUAGCACCUAUUGAGUAUUCCUUUCACGAAGGUUGGAUGUUUUGUCUCGGAAAUGGUGAUAGAGAAAAUAAUUAUUUCCAGAAUGGCACUUUAGACUGUGGUAACAAAACUAAGGUAUCAGUUGAAGAGUUUUUACGAAUGUGCGCCAUUGAUAGCAACAUCGUUAUAACGUUUGAAUAUUUCGGUGACGAGCCUCGCAAGGACAUGAUGCAUAACGCCACUCUCUGCACCACUUGGGACCCCUGUCGUUUAUCCUACUUGUAUCGCUUGGAACCUCCACCAAUUGAACUUACCCCGGCUUUCCCGACCUCAACACCCAACCCUUGUGACACCACUGUUUGUCCAGAAUGUCUUGAAGGUGUUACAGAAGACCAGGGAGUACCGAUUGAAGUGUUUUCCGGCGAAGAGGAAGUAUAAAUGUGGAUCGAA